AUGGCCACCCAGAUCUGCUCCCCGAUCUUCUCCUCUGGGUCUGUCAGGGGCCUCUGUGGCACAGCAGGUGGCAUCACUCGGGUGUCCUCUGUCCGCUCUGUGGGCUCCUGCAGGAUCCCCAGUCUUGCUGGUGCUGCGAGGUCGGCCUCCUCCGUCAGGCUGGGCCUCUCUGGCUUCGGGAGCUGCUUGCCGGCCUCCUGUCUGUCCACCGGGUGCUAUCCCUCUAGCUUUGUUGGGAGUGGUGGUUGGUUCUGCGAGGGCACCUUCAAUGGCAACGAGAAGGAGACCAUGCAGUUCCUGAACGACCGCCUGGCCAACUACCUGGAGAAGGUGCGCCAGCUGGAACAGGAGAACGCGGAGCUGGAGAGCCGCAUCCGGGAGUGGUACGAGUCUCAGAUCCCGUAUAUCUGCCCAGACUACCAGUCCUACUUCAGGACCAUCGAGGAGCUCCAGCAGAAGAUCCUGCUGACCAAGGCUGAGAACGCCAGGCUGGUCCUGCAAAUUGACAAUGCCAAGCUGGCUGCGGAUGACUUCCGGACCAAGUACGAGACGGAGCUGGGCUUGCGGCAGCUGGUGGAGGCCGACACCAACGGCCUGCGCAGGAUCCUGGACGAGCUGACCCUGUGCAAGGCUGACCUGGAGAUGCAGGUGGAGUCCCUGAAGGAGGAGCUGCUCUGCCUCAAGAAGAACCACGAGGAGGAAGUCAAUGUGCUCCGUGGCCAACUUGGGGAUCGACUGAACGUGGAAGUGGAUGCCGCCCCCUCGGUGGAUCUCAACAAGAUUCUGGAUGAUAUGAGAUGCCAAUAUGAGACCCUGGUGGAGAAUAACCGUAGAGAUGUGGAGACCUGGUUCAACACCCAGACCGAGGAGCUGAACCAGCAGGUGGUGUCCAGCUCCGAGCAACUGCAGUCCUGCCAGGUGGAGAUCAUCGAGCUAAGACGCACAGUCAAUGCCCUGGAGAUCGAGCUGCAGGCGCAGCAGAGCUCGCGGAAUUCCCUGGAAUCCACCCUGGCGGAGACUGAGGCCCGCUACAGCACCCAGCUGGCCCAGAUGCAGGGCCUGAUCACCAACGUGGAGGCCCAGCUGGCAGAGAUCCGCUGCGACCUGGAGCGGCAGAACCACGAGUACCAGGUCCUCCUGGACGUCAAGGCACGGCUGGAGUCGGAGAUCGCCACCUACCGCCGCCUGCUGGAGAGCGAGGACUGCAAGCUGCCUGCCCAUCCCUGUGCCACGGAGUGCAAGCCUGCCAUCAGAGUUCCUUAUGUCUCCACGGUGCCCUGUGCCCAGGCUUCCCAGGUCAGCGCCCAGAUCCGCACCAUCACCGAGGAGAUCAGAGACGGGAAAAUCAUUUCUUCCAGGGAACACCUGCAGCCCUGCCCACUGUAACCAG